AUGGAUGUCGAGAAGCAGGCCAAGCCUCAAUUGAUUUAUACUCCCACAAAUACACUGAAAGAGCGAUUUUUGGAGUUUCUCGACUACUAUUUCGGACCGCUCAAAUUAUAUCUCUUCUCCUAUCCGAUGCCCGAUGGAUUGUGGGAUAAUCGGAAGUUGAGACUGAAAGCGAGCGGAGUUCAAGUGAUUCCACGUGCCGAACCGGAUCCAUUGUCGAUCGACUGA